GAGGGAACAACAUAACCUCAAUCCUAUACGUUUUCUUAUUGUUUUCAUUCGCUUUAUUCCACGAAAAUUCCUUGUUUUCUUAGAUAAUUAAGUAAAAAAUCUGUGGAAUAUGCUUAAACUCCUCACAAGAUUUCCUCCGAGGAAUCUUCUUAAGCAUUCAACGGUCAUCAGUUUAGAAAUCCCCCAAAAAUCACAAUUUUCUGAGCAACGAGGAGCAGUAGCUCUUCGCAGCAAGAAACCAAAGUCUUCAACAAAAGAGGUGCAGUUCUUUGUGGAUGCUAAAAGGGUGAGAGCAAUCGGUGGAAAAGGAGGAGACGGUUGUAUAUCCUUUCUACAGCUCUGGGCAAAUGAUCGAGCCGGUCCUGAUGGUGGAGACGGAGGUAAUGGGGGCCAUGUGAUCUUCCAAGCGUCUCCAGGUGUAAGGGAUUUGCAGAGUGUGGGUAGUGUUGUGCGGGGAGAAAAUGGAGAGAAUGGACAAAACAAGGAUUGCCAUGGAAAAUGCGCAGAUCAUACAAUUGUCAAGGUUCCCUUGGGAACAAUUUUCCGGGACCCAACGGGACGUAUUGUGGGUGAUCUCGGGCGAGAAGGAGUGAUGUUUGUAGCUGCUAGAGGUGGAGCUGGUGGAAAGGGGAAUCAUUUCUUUGUAUCCGACACAAUUCAAUCCCCCAAAGUCUGCCAAUAUGGUGCAGAAGGGGAGAAUCUUGCGUACUUCGUUGAGGUUCAGAGUAUUGCUCACAUUGGGCUUUUGGGGAUGCCAAAUGCAGGCAAGAGUACCCUUCUAAGAGCUAUCACGAGAGCACGUCCCAAAGUGGCUCCCUAUCCCUUCACAACCCUCAAACCCCAUCUCGGAAUUGUUCACUACGAUGACUACGUUCAGAUCGCUAUUGCUGAUCUUCCCGGUCUCAUACCCGGUUCCCAUCGAAAUCGUGGCCUGGGGAUUCAAUUUCUAAAGCACGUUGAAAGAUGCAGCACCCUCCUCUUCAUCCUGGAUGUAUCUUCUGAGCAGCCUUGGACACAUUUCGAGCAACUCCAGUUUGAACUGCAGCAAUUCAAUCCUGCUCUCCUGGAGCGUACCCAGAUUAUCGUAGCCAAUAAGAUUGACCUACCCGAGAGUGAAGAGAACUUGAGACUUCUGAGGCAGCGAGUUAAAGUACCUAUUCUGGAAAUAAGUGCCAAAAAUGGCACGAAUCUCAACACACUUCUCUCAAAAAUCCGAGAAAUCUAUGAUGACGUCACAGCUUCCAAGGAGGGAGUCAAUGAGGAUCAUGCAGACUGACUGGCAUCGUUGAGGUAAGUGCGCUGAGAAAUUUUCUGUUUUGUAGAAUGUUUUUGAAUAUAAAAGAAAUUUUGAAAAUACUAGAUAAAA